GAUUUGCACAUUAUUACCUGCCUUGGCUUCUGGGCUGCCCCGGAUCCGCUCUCGUGCCCCGCAUUGUAUUCCUGCUCAUCAUCUAUAUAAAGCCUAUUAGCCCCGUCGCGUGUUGUGCGCCCAGUGACGUUUUCCCUUGCUUCCCAUACAGGCUCUUUGGAAAAAAGCCAGCGAUAAAGAAAAAGCGAAUCGCAUACAUCCCACAAUGGCGGUUUUCGACCUAAAGAAGAACCUCAUCUUCUACGGCGCAUACCAUCGCGACCCCGCAAACGUCGCUAUCCACAUGGUCUGCGUCCCCAUUCUCCUCGGUACAGGCUUCCUCUUCGGCACCAACACGCCCAGCCUCCCCAUCCGCACACCCUCCCUCCUCACCCGCCUGCACCUCCCCCCAAACCUCGGCACACUAGCCGCCGCCACCUACUCAACCCUCUACCUAAUCCUCUCCCCCAACCUCGCGGGCGCCACCAUCACGCCCAUCGUCCUCUCCCUCGCCUCGGCCUCAAACUACCUCAUGUCGCGCUUCUCCAAGACAAAAGUCAACAGCAUCGCCGUCGCCGUCCACGUCGUCAGCUGGAUCCUGCAGUUUAUCGGCCACGGCAAGUACGAGGGCAGGAAACCCGCACUGCUGGAUAAUCUCGUCCAGGCUCUGUUUUUAGCCCCGCUUUUUGUAUGGUAUGAGACGCUGUUUAAGCUGGGCUUUUAUAAGCAGUUGAAGACGGAGGUCGAGGAGGGGGUUGAAGAGCAGGUGAGGAGGAUGAGGGAGGUGGGGAAGGGGAAGGGGAAGGGGAAGAAGAAGCUUUUGGGGGAUGAGGGAGAGGAGAGGGUGUAUGGGACUGUUGGGGAGGAGUGAGUGGGGAUGCGUUGGUAGUGAUUGUUU